AUGUCUCUGCCCCGUGCUACUCGGUCCAUCAUGUCUGCCAUUGAAUGUAUGCAUCUUCGCCCGCGCAGGUUUGCACCUCUGGAUCCAGCCCGAACAUCAAAUGCCCCGCUCUUGAAGGGAAUCGUGUUUGAUGUGGAUGGUACGCUGUGUCUACCACAGCACCACAUGUUCAAUGAGAUGAGGGAAGCGCUAGGAAUCGACCGCUCAAUUGACAUCCUUCAUCACAUCCGAGAACUCCCAACACCAGAAGACCGUGCAGCGGCAGUAUCAAAAGUCCAAGAUGUAGAACGGCGAGCAAUGGUAGACCAACAACCGCAGCCCGGUCUCCUCCGACUUAUGGACUACCUUGAAUCACGCGGCCUGCGACGAGCCCUUUGCACACGGAAUUUCGAAGCACCCGUCAAGAACCUGGUAGACAAUCAUCUCCCAACGCACAUUUUCUUGCCGAUCAUCACGCGUGACACGCCCAAUCUCCUGCCAAAACCUGAUCCCGCUGGUAUAUUGCAUAUUGCGAGUGAAUGGGGAUUGGGCAAUCGGGCUGAGAGUAUGAUCAUGGUCGGUGAUAGUAUUGAUGAUAUGACGUCUGGGCAUAUGGCUGGCGCGGCCACGGUCUUGCUUGUCAAUGAGCGUAAUGUGCAUUUGAAGGAGCAUGCCCAUACUGAUCUUUGUAUUUCGCGAUUGGAUGAUUUGGUGGAUAUUCUGGAGCAAGGAUUCUUGGGGACUCGGGAAAAUGAUGAUUCUCCCCAGUAG